AAUAAAGUAACCUUUUAUAACCAAUUAAAAACCUUAAUUUCAAAAAGGUGCCUUCCUAUUGGUUGAAUAUUCUCUAUUUUUAAUAAUGAAUAUGGUAUAUUUAUACAAACUGAAGAAUAUGUAUUUCACCUAAAGAUAACCAUAAAGUUUCGAAAACUAAGUAUUUUUUUUUUUUGAUAAUUGAUUAUUCAUAUACUAAUAUCUAAAUUUUCGUAACUAAUUAAUAAACUAUUUAACCAUGAAAACUAUAUUGUUGUUUGCAAUAAUUUUAACAUUAAUCUCUCCCAUUAUUACACGUAUACAUCGUCUGGAUAUACAUAAUGAAGAUAGAAGAAAUAUAUUAUUAAGCAAAUUUGGUUUUAAUCAAGGGGGAUAUUUAGACGUUCAUAUCUUAAAUUUUCAUGCAAUGCCUAAAAACUCCAAGGCUCUUUUUGGUUUCAGCCUAAUUCACACACCAAUUAUCUCUGGAUAUGAUCUGCAGUCAGAUGACGAUUACUGUAUUUUACGUGAUGAAACACCGUCCGUUUAUAAUGUUGCCAUUACCACAUUCUCAUUUGAUCUUGACAACAAAAUGUUGAAAAUAAAGUGUAAUGAUGAUGGUUUAGACAGCAGCAGCUUUAGAUACAUUCACAUUUACAAUGCACAUGAAGAACUACGUAAAACGAAGAUUUGUAAAGAUUUGACAUUUAAUAUGACCAUAACAUCACAAGAAAUUAAUGACCAAAUGUUUUUCAAUAUAUAUUAUCAUAUGGAAGUCGAAACUACUGAAAAAGAGGGACUAUAUUAUCUAUAUCUUCAUAACUGCCAUGAUAAAAAUUCUGACGUUACCUCAUUAACUUAUGAGGCUUAUAUAACAGAAACAAAUAUUGGAAGUUUUAUUUCAGCAGGAAAAAGACAUCUACCAGCUUUGUAUUACAUGCAGUCCUUAAUGCUCUUCAUGUUUGGAAUAUUCUGGGUGCUACACUUGAAGUCAAGCCACCCAAUCUUAAAAUUGCAUCAAAUGAUGACUGCCUUCGUUUUUCUCAAGUCAUUUUCGUUAUUUUUUCAUGGCGUUUAUUGUUAUUUUAUAAAAACCUUAGGUGUCAGUUUAGUUCCGUGGGCAGUUUUGUUUCACAGUUUUGAUUUGUUAACAAAUAUUUUGUUGUUUGCAAUAAUUCUCUUUGUGGGGACUAGUUGGACCUAUGGAAACAUCUCUCGCAUAUUCAAGAACAAAAUGUUCAUUAUCGCCUUUAUUUCUUUGCAAGUAUUAGUUAACACCGCCGAAAUAAUUAUGGAAGAGAAUCAAAUAGGUUCAAGGAUUUAUGACUCUUGGGAAACCGUCUAUAUAAUUGGAGAUCUUUUGUGUUGUGUUCUUCUUAUAGUAAUAGUUAUUUUAACAAUUAGGAAACUAAAAAAAGCUUCUUCUAUGGACACCACUAUAUCCAUAAAAAUUAAAAAACUUACAAAAUUAUUAAAGUAUUUCUAUAUAGUUGUAGUCAUUUACAUAUAUUGUACAAGAAUUAUUGUUAGUAUUUUAAAAUGUACUCUUAACUUCCAAUAUGAGUGGUUUGUUGUGAUGUUCAAGGAAAUGCUUAGCUUGAUAUUUUUUAUGAUAAUUACUUACAUGUUUAAACCGACAACCUUUAUUUAUUUUAAGGGGUGUUGAAAUGUUUAACCCUUUUACGGUAUUUUAUUUUUAAUAAAUAAAUAAUUGCAAAUAGAAA